AUGAGGGAUGAUUUUGCAUCUGAGCCAUGCGGUGGCUAUUUAGAUGCAAGCGACGCGGGCUACAUCACCACCCCCGGCUACCCUCUAGAGUAUCCACCUCACCAGAACUGCCGCUGGAUCAUCACAGCCCCUGAGCCUUCGCAACGCAUCGUCCUCAACUUUAAUCCGCACUUUGAAAUAGAGAAACUGGACUGCAGGUAUGACUAUGUAGAGAUCCAUGAUGGGAACUCGAGGUCAGCUGACCUACUUGGGAAGCACUGCAGUAACAUCGCCCCCGCACCGAUCAUAUCGUCAGGUCCUGCACUCCACAUCAAGUUUGUGUCAGACUAUGCCCACCAGGGGGCAGGGUUCUCGCUUCGCUAUGAAAUCUUCAAAACAGGUUCAGACUGUUCCCGUAACUUUACCAGUCCUUCGGGUCUCAUUGAGUCCCCGGGUUUUCCUGACAAAUACCCCCACAACCUGGAGUGCGCCUUCAUCAUCAUUGUCCCACCUAGGAUGGAUGUCACCCUCACCUUCCUCACCUUUGACCUGGAGAAUGAUCCCCUGCCAGGUGGAGAUGGAGACUGCAAGUACGACUGGCUGGAAGUAUGGGACGGGCUCCCAGGAGUGGGCCCUCUGAUUGGUCGAUACUGUGGGACGAGGGUACCGCCUGAGAUCCAGUCAUCCACUGGGAUUCUCUCUCUGUCCUUCCACACUGACAUGGCUGUGGCUAAAGAUGGCUUCUCAGCUCGAUACAACAUGACGCACAAGGAAGUCAGUGAAACCUUCCACUGUAGUAACGCAUUUGGAAUGGAGUCAGGAAAGAUCACAGAUGACCAGAUCACAGCAUCAUCAACUUUCUUUGAUGAACGCUGGAUGCCGCGACAGGCCCGACUCAAUUACAACGACAAUGCAUGGACGCCUGGGGAGGACAGCAACAAAGAGUACAUCCAGGUGGACCUCCAUACUUUGAAGGUGCUUACGGGCAUUGCCACGCAGGGUGCCAUUUCAAAGGAAACUCAGAAGAAUUACUUUGUUACCUCCUUCAAACUAGAGGUCAGCACGAAUGGAGAAGACUGGAUGAUCUACAGACAUGGCAAAAACCAUAAGGUUUUCCACGCCAAUGCUGACGCCACAGAGGUGGUUCUCAAUCGAAUCCCACAGCCAGUCCUGGCCCGCUUUGUACGAAUUAGACCUCAGACAUGGAAGAAUGGCAUUGCACUGCGGUUCGAGCUUUAUGGUUGUCAGAUUACGGAUGCCCCCUGCUCAGAGCUGCAAGGCAUGUUGUCUGGACUACUUCCUGACUCCCAAAUUACUGCAUCCUCCAUGAGGGACAUCCAUGGCUCCAUGGGGGCUGCCAGGCUGGUGGCCAGUCGAUCGGGCUGGUUUCCCAACCCAACACAGCCCAUAGUUGGAGAAGAGUGGCUACAGGUGGACCUUGGUGUGCCCAAGAUGGUACGUGGUAUUAUUACCCAGGGUGCAAGAGGACUGGAGGGCAGCGCGGAGAACAGAGCAUUUGUCAGAAAGUACAAGCUGGCUCACAGCUUGAAUGGCAAAGACUGGACCUUUAUCACUGACAGCAAGACUGGGUUUUCUAAGAUUUUUGAGGGUAACAGCCACUAUGAUACCCCAGAGGUGCGGAGGUUUGACGAGAUAGUGACUCAGCACAUCCGAGUCUUUCCAGAGAGGUGGUCGCCCGCUGGGAUCGGCAUGAGGAUGGAAGUUCUUGGCUGUGACCUGCCUGAAACCACCACUGUACCUGACACUGUAACCCCCACAUCACCCAGAGUGGAACAGACAACUCCUGUAAUGAGAUCUGCCACCACUCCAUCCCUGUCGGCUGUGUGUGACUUUGAGCAGAGCUUAUGCGGAUGGACGGCCGAUCCCCAGUCAGGUGUGAGCUGGUCCCUGCACAGAGCCAGCAGCAGCUCCACUGGGCAUGGCACUCAUGGAACAAGGCAGGACCUGGCACUGGGAUCAGACAAUUUUUCAGGGAACUACCUUCACCUGGAUGCUGGUAGCCACACUCAGCGCAAGAAAGCCAGGCUGCUGAGCCCCGAAGUGGGGCCAGAACGAGGCCCGCUCUGUCUCCUUUUCUACUACCAGCUCCAGGGAGAGGCACAGGGGAGCCUGAGGGUCCUGCUGAGGGACAGCGAUCAGGAAGAGACCCUGUUAUGGGUAUUAAAAGGUGACCAGGGCACUCACUGGAAAGAGGGGCGCACCAUCCUGCCUCAAAGCCCCAAAGAAUAUCAGGUGGUGUUUGAGGGGUUUUUUGAUCACCCGACAAAAGGCCAUAUCAGAAUAGACAACAUCCACAUGAGCAACAGCGUCGACCUGGCGCAGUGUGCACAGCCUUUGCAUGCCUUACCUCCUGGCCUAAAAAAUCCCAGGCCAAUAGAUUUUGGAAAAGAUUCUGUUUUCAACCACAAGCCCCCCAUCAAUGAAGACUAUGUAUUCCCAGGGUGGCCAUCCUCCUUCUCCACCCCCUCUUCCAAUAUGGACCCCCCCUCUGUCACCUUGGUGUCAGAGAAGGACAAGGACAACGCCUGGCUGUACACUCUCGACCCUAUCCUCCUCACCAUCAUCGUGAUGAGCUCGUUAGGCGUCCUGCUGGGAGCAGUGUGCGCAGGAUUGCUCCUCUACUGCACUUGCUCCUACAGCGGGCUCUCCUCACGCUCUUCCACGACACUGGAGAACUACAACUUUGAGCUGUACGACGGGAUCAAGCAUAAAGUUAAGAUAAACCAGCAGAGGUGCUGCUCAGAGGCAUGAGGAAAAAGGAGGAGACCUCUGGAAAAGGUCGGGGCGAAGAUGUGAGCCCCUGCAAAAGUAAUUUUGUUCAAAGACAAUACGAAAAAGAAGCACUAUCUGUAAUUUCAAUCCCCACUGUCCCCUACCUAAUAUCCUGCUACUCCCUUGCUCUGAUGUCUAACGGGGUAACGUUGAACCCGGAGUUUCCCCAACUGUCUGUGCGCCAGUGGGAACUUGUGAUCUUUAUCUCCCCUACAUGCUAUGAGGCCUAAACUAGGGGAACAUCUCACCCCAGUCUCCCCCACUUAUAGUCCCAUUUCUCCUCUGCCUGCAGGAGAGAGCCUGCUCGAUUCUAAAAGCCUGUGAUUGAAUGAAGGAAUGAAAAAAAAAAAAGAAUAUUAAUGACUGAUCUACCAUUGAAUAUUACCCACAAGCCACUGGAAUGAAAUCGAGAAGAAGAUGAACUACAGUACAGCACCUGUGACAAUCUGGACAUUUGGACUACAAAUGGCAGCACAGUCUGGGCUGUUUGGGUAAAAGGUUGGCAAUGGGAUUCUUGAUGAAGACAAGAAGUCUUGCACUCAUGACAUGCAGACGUAACACUAGUCAUCAUCAGCUCGAGUUUGAAUGUGGCCAACAGAGGAAGUUCUACACGACUUGGAUCAUUUCAUGUGGGUAAUUUUUGACUGAAAUCAACACAUAUCAAAUGAAUGCCUACCCCUCUAAAAAAGUUUAAAAAGAUAUCGAACCACACAACUCAAAUGAAUCUAGAUUUCUAACGGUAAAGAAGGAAAGGAGGAUGAAAAAGAACAUUUUGUUUUUUUCUUUUCUUUUUUUUUUUGUUUCUGAAAGUUUUUGGAUAUGAGUUCUGUGAGUUUUUUUAAUGUCCAUUAGCCUGCCAUGUGGCGCUCGCUCGCUCGCUCCUUUGUCUGCCCUCGGUCUGCGCUUUGUGAAACCAGUGGCAUAGAAGAGUAAUGGUGACUGUUUUUGUUCUGUUUUAGACUUGUGUCUCUUUGGGAAAAAAAACAAGGUUAAGAAAAGCCAGCUUCAGUUUGUAGCUGCCCUGUAGAGCUCUUAUGCCAUUUUUUUUUUUUUUAGCCUUUUAUUUUAGCGUUGUGUUGGACUCCACGGUCUUAAGUGUUCUUUCAGUCCUUUACUAGCUAUUUUGGCACAUUUUCCAUUACAGAUUAUUAGUCUUUACAAAGAGUAGGGGAACGAUAAAGUAAGACAGAAAAUCAGAGGUUUAUCAAAAUCUAACAUGCUGUUAUGGAGUCGUGCUUUAGAUUCAGUAUUCUAGAGUUUGUUUUUGGUAUAUAUCUAUAUUUUUUUGCUUUUCAGACUGUAUGAUGCCCAAAUGAUGGACAGACACUGUGUGAACAAAAUGUCAGUGAUUGUUUUAUUGCAACCUAUGGAUUGCCAAAGAGCUGCGUAUGUGCAUGGUAGGGCUGGGUGGAUUAAGAGUGAUGAAUUGUCAUACUGCUUAUCCACCACUCUUAACUUUACCCCCAAAUAAAGGCCGCUCAAAGAUGAAAGACUGACUACAGGAGGAGAAUGGAAAUCGUACCGUCGACUUUUUUGGACACACAAUCGAGCCUUAAGCUAAUUACAGUAUACGCUGUAUCGGAGGACAGCCAUCGAGGAGGGCCAGUGCUGCUGGAGAGACUGAUAAACAGGAGGAGGCACACACUUACACAAACACACACACACACACACAAAAACACACAGAGAGGUAGAGAGGAAGACAAAAAAAGAAGAAAAGGUGGUUAUGUUUACAUGCAAAUGCUAUUAUGUGAUAAGUUAUUCACUAUAAUAACUGUGAUUUAGACAAUACUGAGCAAUCAAUAAUUAAUAAUUUAUAAGACUGUCUGGCCUUCAUUACUCAUGUUUUGAUGCAAAAUUAAAUGUAUCUUUGACUGCUAAUAGCAUGUUUGUAUUUGCUGCAUGCAAAUGAGUCAGAAAAUGAAAAAAAUUUACUUCCCGGCUUUGCGCUGUUUCAUUAAUCAACAGCUGGUGGCAGUAAAAGGGCAAAAUAUGUGGCAAGACUCCAGAAAACCAGGUGAAUGUGGAAAUAAAAAAUUUUAAAAAUGCAGUUUUUAAAUUGGUGACGCAGUAUGUGAAAAGCCAGCUAAAGAUGUGCACAGAAACAGCCAAGCAAUGAUGUAAUGCCCUGGGUCCUCACCCAGCAAUCCUCUCUGCUAUGUGGGGGUAAAAAAACAGCACACAUGCCCAGGGGGUGCAGCCCAGCCAGCAAGCCUGUGACUGAUUGAGAGUUUCUUAUAAACCUAGUGGAGUUUUUAUCAGAACUUUAAUCAUUUACAAACAUACAAGUGACUAUUUAGCUAUUAGAAUAUUACUAAACCACAAUAAUUCAAGGAAGGGUCAGUUUGAUAUAAAGUAAGAAAUUCAUCAAAAAUAAACAAAACUAGAUACAUUCAAUUUCUUUCUUUGUAUCUUAAUCUAGAAAUUGUGAAAAUGCAGGACCAUCUACAGAAAAUCCUGAUUUUCACAUGCUGCAUCACAUUUGUGUGUGAACAAUAUUUGGUUGUAGUCCUACCUAGCAGCAAUUUAAUGCUUAUAUUAAAAAAAUAUAUAUCUGCAACCCAUGUGUUUAGUCAGAUAAAAAUAGUUUAUCCAAACCUCAUCUGUGUUAUUUUGUCUGUGGAUUAUGAAUACCACACUGGAGUUGCAUAAUUUCUAUUUUUUUUUUUUUAACAGAAAAUCCACUAAGUCAUUGCAUUUAUCAACAUUUCUAAUUUUAGUCAGGACUACUUGAUCAACUUUGAUCAAAUUAACAAGUCAAUCACUCUGUGCAUGUAAACAUAUCCAACAAGAUACUGAGUCGACAGGAAGAACAAAUGACAGAUAAAGCAAACAUAAAAAACAUGACCGACAGGUGUGCGAUGAGAGAGACACACAAUCACAACAUGCAGAGAAAAAAAAAAACAGGCAGUGAAGGCAGUCCGUGACCCAGACACAAAUCUUCUGACUGGAGCACGAAACACUGACUUCUACCUGUUUUCUCUGCUAAUUUCGUUUUCGCUGAGCUCAUCCACUACAGCCAAAAGUUAUAUCCUAGAAAGUAGGCUUGGAUUUUCUUUCUAAAAUGUGAACUAUUCGGGUCAUGUUGUUAUCUUCUAGGCUCUAAACUCAAAGAGCAUUUGAAGCAGAGGGGCCAAAAGUAGUAAAACAUGUCAUGCUUGGUGCAUCUUUGCCUGGAGCCCCCAUUCUUUCUUUCUGUCUUCCUCUCUCAUCUCUCCACUUUCAAGGGCAUGCAUUGAUAUAGCCAGGAGGCUUAUUAAGGAAAAAAUAAACAAAGAAAAUAAAGGGAAUAGUAAAAGGUGUUGAAAGAGAGAUGAAGGAAGGGAACAAUGGAGGGAGAUGGAGAGUUUUCUGUCCAUCUAACUGUGUUUUCAUUGGACUGUUUUCCAAGUGCCUUGGAGCUCUCUCAUAAUGUCUCUCUUUCUUGCUCUCACUUUCUCCCUCUCUCUCUCUCACACACACACACACACACGCAUAUAUAUGAAUUGCAAGCAGUGACCAGUGAGUAUUUUACAGCACACAUAUAGAAACUCAUUGAGAAACAUUAUGGAGAUGCACACACACACUGAUGAAUCAGAAUCAGAAUCAGAAUCAGAAGGUUUUUAUUGCCAUAUGGGUGAACAGGUUCACAGCCUUAGGAAAUUGCUGCGGUACUUCGUGCGUACAGAAAAAAACAA